AUGGAGAGCAUGACUUUACAAAAUGACUCCUCAGUGACUGAAUUUCUUCUUGCUGGAUUAACAGACCGCCCAGAGCUCCAGCAACCCCUCUUUUUCCUUUUUCUGAUGAUCUACAUUGUCACCGUGGUGGGCAACCUUGGCUUGAUCAUUCUCAUCGGUCUCGACUCUCACCUCCACACCCCCAUGUACUACUUCCUCUUCAACCUAUCCUUCAUUGAUCUCUGUUACUCUUCUGUUUUCACCCCCAAGAUGCUGAUGAACUUUGUAUCAAGGGAGAACAUCAUCUCCUAUGUCGGGUGCAUGACGCAGCUGUUUUUCUUUCUCUUUUUUGUCAUCUCGGAAUGCUACAUGUUGACGUCAAUGGCCUAUGACCGCUAUGUGGCCAUCUGUCAUCCAUUGCUGUAUAGGGUCACCAUGUCCCAUCAGGUCUGUUGCUUGCUAAGUGUUGCAGCAUACAUGAUGGGGUUUGCUGGAGCCUCUGCCCACACAGGCUGCAUGCUUAGACUGACCUUCUGCCAUGUCAACAUCAUCAACCAUUACCUGUGUGACAUUCUUCCUCUUCUCCAACUCUCUUGCACCAGCACCUAUGUCAAUGAGGUGGUAGUUCUGAUAGUCGUGGGAAUUAAUAUCACAGUACCCAGUUUUACCAUCCUGAUUUCUUAUGUCUUUAUCCUCACUAGCAUUCUUCAUAUCAGAUCUGCUCAAGGACGAUCAAAAGCCUUCAGUACCUGCAGCUCUCACAUCAUUGCUCUUUCUCUUUUUUUUGGGUCAGCAGCAUUCAUGUAUCUUAAAUAUUCUCCUGAAUCUAUGGACCUGGGAAAAAUUUCUUCAGUUUUCUAUACUAAUGUGGUACCCAUGCUCAAUCCUCUGAUCUACAGUUUGAGGAACAAGGAUAUCAAGGUUACACUGCAGAAUGCCCUGAUUAAAAUAUGGAGAAGAAACAUGCUGUAG